AUGGCAGAUGGCAAAGUAAACACUGGCAGUAGCUCGGGGCCCGAAGAGGUGAAGCCAUCACCUGGCAUUUCCUUGGCGCUAUCUGACAGCACUUUUACAUACGAUGAAUUAGCUAUGGCAACGGAUGGAUUCUCCAAAUCAAAUCUUCUUGGUCAAGGUGGUUUUGGCUAUGUUCACAAAGGAGUUCUCCCAAAUGGGACAAUUGUUGCAGUCAAGCAGUUGAAAUCUGAGAGUAGACAAGGGGAGCGCGAGUUCCAUGCAGAAGUGGAGGUCAUUAGCCGUGUGCAUCACAGACAUCUUGUUUCCCUAGUUGGUUACAGCAUAUCAGACAACCAGAAGAUGCUUGUCUACGAGUAUGUGCCAAAUAAUACACUAGAAUUUCAUUUGCAUGGAACGGACAGACCAUCUAUGGACUGGUCGACUAGGAUGAAGAUUGCUAUAGGAUCUGCAAAAGGAUUGGCAUAUCUGCAUGAGGACUGUGAGUUUACUAAUAAUGUUUCAGAAUCUUCUGUUCAGGUUGCAGAUUUUGGACUUGCAAAAUUUUCAUCAGAGACAGAAACCCAUGUUUCAACUCGGGUGAUGGGAACUUUUGGAUACAUGGCUCCAGAAUAUGCUGCUAGUGGGAAACUCACUGAAAAGUCAGACGUUUUCUCCUUUGGUGUUGUGCUUUUGGAGUUGAUCACUGGACGAAAACCUGUUGAUAAAACUCAACCCUUCUUAGAUGACAGCAUGGUUGAAUGGUCUAGGCCUUUACUGUCUCAAGGUUUUGAGAAUGGCAACUUCGAUGGACUUGUUGAUCCAAAGUUGCAGUCAAAUUACAAUCAUGAAGAGAUGAUCCGAAUGACUGCUUGUGCUGCAACAUGUGUGCGCCAUUCAGCCAGGCUUCGGCCUCGAAUGAGCCAGGUUGUUCGAGCCCUGGAAGGAAAUAUUUCUCUAGAAGUUCUAAAUGGGGGGAGCGCACCUGGACACAGCGGAGUUUUUGGCGUCCAAUACAGUGAAGACAUGAAGAACUUCAGGAAGCUGGCACUGGAAAGCCAAGAGCAAGGCAUUAGUGAGUACAGUGGUCCCAGCAGUGAUUAUGGUCGACAUCCAUCUGUCUCUAGCAGUUCGGGACAGCAAAAUACGCAAGAAAUGGAAAUGGGGAAGGUGAAGGGUAGCAACCAAGAUUCUGCGUCAGGCUCUUGA